AUGCGCCGUGGUGAACUUCUUUUCUUGGCUGGGCUCCAGCUCCAGCUCUGCGCAGCUCGCCAGCCCGGUUUUAGCAUCCAUCACGAUCUGCUAGCAUUUCCCCAGUUCGAAGUAGUUUUCUCGGAAUCAUACAUCUCAGAGCCCGAAGCUAAGUCCUUGCUCGAAAGCGCCGCCGAACCGACGCAGCACCCGAGCUACGAAGCCGAGUUCGGUGACAAUGAUAUUAUAUCACACGUCCAGCCCACGGCCAGUGGCGAAGCCAGCAAUGAUGGAGACCACACAGUCACCGAGACGUACGAAAUCAUGACGAUGCAUCCCCACCGCUAUCUCUGCAUCAUCCCCGUCAUCGAAGCUCCUCCCGCGCCAAACAAAACCGCAACCGAACUCGCCAAGGCCGAGGAGGCGCGGGAGCUGGCGCGAGCUACUACUCACGGCUGGGAGCUAGUCAAUGAGCUGGAUGGGACAUGUCUAUACUACGUAUCAGGAUGGUGGAGCUAUAGCUUCUGCUACGGCCAUGACGUGGUGCAAUUUCAUGCAUUGCCAGGCCACAAGGGGGGACCGCCCGUGAGGGAUCCCAAUAGUCAAGAAUACGUACUGGGGAGGGUGCAAGACUCGCAAGCAGCGGCGUCUGCAAAUACGAAACGUGGCCGUGGUGGUAGGGCCGUGCCACCGGCAGUAGAGGCAGAGAGUAAGCCAGCGCCGGCAAACCCGGAGCUCCAGGUCAAGGGCGAUCAACGGUACCUUGUGCAGCGGCUGGAAGACGGCACAUUAUGCGACUUGACCAACCGCCCGCGCACUAUCGAGAUCCAGUAUCACUGCAGCCCGGGCGGCACGCAGGAUCGCAUCGGCUGGAUCAAGGAGGUCACCACGUGCGCCUACCUCAUGCUCGUUAACACGCCGCGCCUCUGCACGGACGUGGCCUUUCAACCCCCGCGUGAGCAGCCCGCCAACAUCAUCAGCUGUCGCACCAUCGUGCCAGAAUCGGAACAAGCAGCAUGGCACGCGCAGAAGUCGCUGGAGGCGCAGGCUUCCAUGGUGGGACAGCAGCAGAAGCAGGCUCAAGGUCCUGUCACAAUUGGCGGCGUGGUUGUAGGCGGUCACCAACUUCUGGGAAAGGGCGAGGAUGGCAAGGAAGCUACCCAGCUCAAGCCACCCCGGGGGUUUGGCAAUGGGGGAGACGGUACCGUUGUCGAGAUUGUGGCCAUGGGCACAAGCAAGGAGGAGGGGAGCAAACUGAAGGUUCUAAGUGCCGAGGAACUCGAAGAUCUUGACUUGAGUCCCGAGUUGAUCGAGCAGCUCAAGGACCAGAUGCAAGACUUAGCGGGUGACAGGGGUUGGAAGCUUGAAGUCGUGGAAGUCGCUGGGAACCCCGAGACAAGGGAUAUUCGGGGUAUUGUGGAAAGUGAAGAUGAAGAGGACGAGGGUGAAGGCGAUGGUACCGAUGCGAAUAACGGUGAGGGGGGUGACGAGAGUGACGAGAGUGACAAGGGGAGUGAAGAGAAAUUCUUCCAGAAGGAUGAGUUGUGA